AUGAGCUACUCUCGACUGUUGUAUCUGUGCUUAUUGAUCGUUUCUCGUGUGGUAGUCGCUAUUGCUCAGUUAGGGAUCGGUGGACUGUACGGUAAUCCUUAUGGAAUUGGAAACCCGUACGGAAUGGGAAUGCCAGGUGGCUUUGGAUUUGGAAUGAACCCGUUCAACAAUCCCUACGGUUUACUCGGCACCUACGGCUACAAUCCUAUUUUUGGAGGAGGGAUGUUAGGAAAGAAAUGA